AUGGAUGGCGGCAAACAAAUCCCUCUGCGCAGCUCUGUUGUACCCGGUAACAAUUUCAUGCGGAACUAUCACGACGACCGCGUUCAUUUCGCGCAGCAUCCCAAUCAUCGAUUAGCGGACAGUCAUGGAUUUGAUAAUUUUCGCACGAUGCGUCGCUCUUCUGGCGGUAAUGUUUACGGUGAGGCUUCCGUGAUAGAGAAUGCUACUUAUGCGUUGGAUAUCCUGUCUAGUCUUUGUCUCGAAAGCGGAUGGGAAUGGAUAGAUGGAAUGCUUGUUGGCGGGUGUCUCGCCUAUGGCCUUGGGGACUAUGAUAAAGCUCUUCGGUGGUAUACCCGAAUACUUAAUAGAGAUGCUUCACACGUCGAGGCGAUAUCUAACCUUGCGGCGACGCUUUUUGCGCUUGAUCGACGCGAGGAGGCAUUGAACCAUUGGCUACGCGCUGUCAAGUUACGACCAAGCUAUUUCGAAGCUGUAGAGCACCUAAUUGGGCUUCUCUGCAGCACUCAACGGGGGAAAGAAGCUGUUAAUAUCAUUGAAUUUGGGAAGCAAAUCUGCGUGCUAAAACUAACGGAGAAUGCUUCAGAUGGAUGGUCUUGUCAGCGAAACGACAGUGAAACAGAGAGCAGACUGUGGUGGAUUCACUACGAGUCAUGGAGAAAGCAGCUUUCGAUUAUGAAGUGGAGCCUGACAGUCCCCCUAGCUUCGGGCAAUAUGCUCUACGCCUUAGGGGAUAAUGCUGGAGCAGCGUCGGCCUUCGAAUACGCCAUUCUCAUCGGAGCAGGGAGGCGGCGACGUGGAAUUCGAAGUCUUAUCAAGCUGAUAUUGUCGGCGUUUGAGGAAGAUAACCGCCACUGUUUACCGGCACCUUCACAGAGGCGCGACUCCACGAACCCCCUGUUACUUUACCCAGAUAAGGCACUCCAAACGGCGACGCUCGUUUUCCCUCCCCAAGGAAACCUUCCAGGAUUCCAGCAUAUACCCGAUGGCAUUGCCAAAAAGGCAGCUAUUUCUACUACAAGCAACUCGUUGCUUUCCCUAGCUAAAAUAUAUCAAGAUGGGAUGUCUACUACCACUCCAGGCAUUGGAGCUUCAAAAACAUCUACGGGAGUCCGUGACAUCCUUGCUCUCUAUUACCUUUCCCUCUCACUCCAGCCCAGUCCAUCCACGGCCAACAACGUUGGAAUUUUGCUCGCGAGCGUCCAGCAGAAUGGACCACAGAAUGCUCCUCGUCCAUCUGGUGAGAACCAGUUGCCAGAUAUCCCUGGGGUUGUUCCAGGCAGCGGAAUUGCUCUUGCUUUGGCUUACUAUAACUACGGUCUAAAUCUUGAUUCGAAACAUGCUCAUCUUUAUACGAAUCUUGGAAGCCUUUUGAAGGAUAUUGGUCAGCUUCCGGCUGCAAUCAAAAUGUACGAACAGGCUGUACAAUGUGACAAUAAAUUUGACAUUGCGUUGGCCAAUCUGGCAAACGCUGUGAAGGAUUCAGGCCGAAUUAACGACGCCAUUGGCUAUUAUAAAAGGGCCGUUGCUGCUAAUCCUGAGUUUGCAGAGGCAGUUUGUGGCCUUGCAAAUGCGUUGAACUCAGUUUGCAACUGGGGAGGCAGAGGUGGGAUUGCGGCUAAUAAUGGCGCACGCGAUCGGUGGCAUGUCGAUGACAAAGGGAUGCUUCGAGACGCGAAAGAAAUGGGAGUUGAUUCCGGCUGGAUAAAACGCGUUGUUGAAAUAGUGGAUAAACAGCUCAAGGAUGGGGAAAUGUGGGGCUCUGGUGUGCUAGCGAGCAUGCCACGGGACAAAUUGGGUCUCAAUCUAGCUCUCGUUGGACAAGAUUCAGCUUUAGCCCAUUACAACGCUUCUUUGAACGCACUCCUGAGAAGCUGGGCAGGACAGAAAUGGGAAGGAUCGAGAAUCGUGAGACUAGUCGAACGUGCGAUAAAAUUGAUCGGAUGGCGUUGGUAUCAGGAUCGAUAUGUUCAUGGCAAAGAGUAUCCGCCCUCAAAAUACGCCCGACCACAGCUUCCAACUAGCUUAACCGCUCCCAACGCACCUACGGUCUUACCGUUCCACACUUUUACAUGCCCUCUUUCAGCAAAGCAAAUUCGUCACAUAUCGCAACGCAAUGGUCUCCGAAUAUCAUGCUCUACUCUUCGAUCCCCAUGGCUACCUGGAACAGUCUACUGUCCUCCCCCGCCUCCUAAUCCCCACCUAAACGUUGGAUAUGUUUCGUCAGAUUUCAACAAUCAUCCUCUGGCGCACUUGAUGCAGUCCGUUUUCGGCCUCCAUAACCCUCAUCGAGUCAAGGCCUUUUGCUAUGCAACAACGCCUAGCGACAACUCUGUGCAUCGAAAACAGAUUGAACGAGAGGCGCCUGUUUUCCGUGACGUCAGCAACUGGCCCGUUGAUCGAUUAGUGGAGCAAAUCGUCAAAGACGAGAUACACAUUUUGAUAAAUCUGAAUGGUUAUACCCGUGGCGCAAGGAAUGAAGUUUUUGCGGCCAGGCCGGCACCCAUACAUAUGUCGUUUAUGGGCUUCGCUGGCACACUCGGUGCUGAAUGGUGCGACUAUAUCCUUGCGGACCAAAUUUCAAUCCCCCCUGAAACUCUUGCUCCAAGAAAACGCAUUACUCGGGUCGAAGAUCGCUUAGUGGAGGAGGAUCAUGCUGAAGACCUGGAAGACUGGAUCUAUGGAGAGAGAAUCGUCUUCACCCGUCAUACCUUUUUCUGCUGUGAUCAUCGCCAGAGUGCCCCUGACUCACAGGACAGGCGUUUAACUUGGGAAGAGGAGCAAGUCAACAGGUGGAAAAUGCGCAAAGAGAUGUUCCCCGAUCUCCGUGAUGACGCUAUAAUUCUUGGUAACUUUAAUCAGCUUUAUAAGAUCGAGCCAACCACAUUUCGUACGUGGCUACGUAUUCUUGCCCGCAUUCCGAACGCAAUACUUUGGCUACUUCGUUUUCCAGACCUUGGAGAACAAAAUCUCAAACAGACAGCUGUUGCCUGGGCCGGCGAGGCCACUGCCUCCCGUAUCGUUUUCACUGAUGUUGCUCCUAAACAUGCACAUAUUUCUCGUGCUCGCAUUUGCGAUUUAUUCCUUGAUACCCCUGAAUGCAACGCUCACACGACUGCAGCGGACGUCCUCUGGAGUGGUACUCCCCUCCUCACGCUCCCGCGAUAUAAAUACAAAAUGUGCUCCCGCAUGGCUUCUAGCAUCCUGACCAGCGCUCUUCCGCAGACUGAAGCUGGUCGUCUCGCUGCUCGUGACCUAAUUUCGUCUUCAGAUGACGAGUAUGAAAAUCGUGCGAUAAGCCUGGGUCUGGACCUGAGAUAUGAAUUGGGUGGCCAUGGCCGUGCUAAAGGGAGACUGGUCGAACUGAGAAAAAUGCUUUUCCUGAAUCGAUGGGAGAGUAAACUCUUCGACACAAAACGAUGGGUGAAUGAUUUGGAAGAUGCUUAUGAUGCGGUGUGGCGUAAGUGGGUCAGAGGGGAAGAAGGCGACGUGUGGCUAUAG